GAAGGGAGGGGCAAGGCUAGGCCAGAUUUUCCUCCAAACACUCCCAUUCUUUUAAAGGUUCAGAGCUCAGCUGCCUGUCCCUGGACUCUCCCUCAGUUUGGGUCUUGAAACUGGGUUAUUUUGAUGUACACGGCUCCCUAGACACUCCCUGUAUUACACUUCCAUCUUCAGAGAGCUUUGUCUUGAAGACCACUCGCCUCUGGGGACCUAACUUUUAAUAUCUCUUGUGAGAUCUGGUCUUCUGCAGCAACUUUCCACUGGCAUGUGUCAAGUACAGAGAUGAAUCCUGAAGGUUCACGUAUCCAAGAUGAUCCAGAUGUCAAGCGGAUGAUGGCGGGAUCAACUCUGAGGAAAGUUAAGUCCCGCUCUUGGAAAAAGCAGCGGCAUUUCCGCCUUCUGGAGGACGGCCUGACAAUCUGGUACAAGUCCAGAUGGGCAGGGAAAGGUCACUCCACCUUCUCAGUGAUGGAGAUAGAAGCAGUGCGUGAAGGCCAUCAGUCUGAGGUCCUGCUGAGCAUCGCCGAGGAGUUUCCUGCCGACCUGUGCUUCACCUUGGUGUUUCACGGUCGCCAAGGCAACCUGGAUCUUGUUGCCGACUCUCCGGAGGAGGCCCAGUCCUGGAUCCAGGGAGUGCGCAAGCUGAUCCAUAAAGCCCAAACAAUGGAUGAGCAGGAGAGGCUGGACCAAUGGGUUUGGGACUGGUUUCAGAAAGCUGACAAAAACAAAGAUGGGAAGAUGAAUUUUAAAGAAGUGAAGACCCUGCUGAAGAUGAUGAACGUAGACAUGAAUGAAGAACAUGCUUUUCACCUCUUCACGAUGGCUGACAAGUCAGACAGCGGCUCUUUGGAAAUCGAGCAGUUUGUUCACUUCUAUAAGAUGCUGACUCAGCGGGAUGAAGUGUGGAAGGUGUUUCAGGAAUAUUCUGGAGAUGGAGAGCGGUUAAUGUUGGAGGAGCUGGAACUUUUCCUGAGGGAAGAGCAGCACGAGGGCGAGCCGAGCGCACAGCACGCCAAGGAGCUCAUUGCACACUAUGAACCAUCCGAGACAGCCGUGAAGCAAGGCGCCAUGUCCUUAGAUGGCUUCCAGAUGUACCUUUGCUCCCCAGAGGGCUCCAUAUUCAAACCUGAGCUCCAGGAACUCCACCAGGACAUGAGCCAGCCGCUCACUCACUACUUCAUCUCCUCUUCACAUAACACCUACCUCCUAGAGGACCAGCUGCGUGGACAGAGUAGCCUGGAGGCCUACAUCCAGGCCUUGAAGAGGGGCUGCCGCUGUGUAGAGGUGGACUGCUGGGACGGCGGCGACGGGGAGCCCGUUGUGUAUCACGGCCACACUCUGACCUCAAAAAUUCUCUUCAAAGAUGUCAUUUUAACACUCAAAGAAUAUGCUUUCAGGGCGUCAGACUUCCCCGUGAUCGUGUCCCUUGAGAAUCACUGUGGCGUGGAGCAGCAGACGAUCAUGGCCCAGCACCUGAGCCAAAUCUUGGGUGACACACUCCUGACCACUACUUUGGAUGGACAGAUCCCUCAACAGCUCCCUUCACCACAGGAACUGAGGGGGAAAAUUUUGCUAAAAGCCAAGAAAAUUGGUGGUCUAGAGGAGUGUCUUGAUGACACCCUGACAGAUGAAGGUAGUGAUGAGGACGAGAUGGCUAAUGGUGAUGCAGAGAGCCCUGAAAAUCCAGCAACUGACAAGAAAAACAAGAAGUCUAAACUGUCAAGGGAGCUGUCAGACUUGGUGGUUUACUGCAAGAGCGUGCACUUCCAUGACUUUGAGCAUGCUCGCUCUCACGCCAAGUGCUAUGAGAUGUCUUCAUUCUCUGAAUCCAAGGCAAAGAGACUUUCCAAAGAAGCAGGCACAGAAUUUGUGCAGUACAACACACGGCAGCUGAGCAGGACCUACCCCGGUGGCCUGAGGACAGACUCUUCCAACUACAACCCCCAGGACAUGUGGGACGUGGGUUGCCAGAUAGUGGCCCUGAACUUCCAGACGGCUGGUAUGGAAAUGGAUCUGAAUGAUGGCCUCUUCAGGCAGAACGGCUGCUGUGGUUACAUCUUAAAGCCAGACUUCAUGAGAGACGGCAACACUCAGUUCAGUCCUGAGAGACCCAAGGAGCGGCACGGCCACCAACCACUCCGCUUAUCAAUACAGGUGAUAAGCGGGCAACAACUCCCAAAGGUGAAUCAGAAAGAGGGUUCUAUUGUAGACCCGCUGGUCAGAGUGGAGCUCUACGGCGUGCCACAGGAUCAGGCCAAAGAGGAGACCAGUUACAUUAACAACAAUGGUUUUAAUCCCGUGUGGAAUGAAACUCUACAUUUUGUGAUUCACACCCCUGAGCUGGCUCUGGUUCGUUUUGUGGUGGAGGACUAUGACAAGGCAUCCAGGAACGACUUCAUCGGACAGUUCACGCUUCCCUUCAUGUGCAUCCAGACAGGGUACCGUCACAUACAUUUGCUGUCUAAAGAUGGAACGGCCAUACCUCCUUCUUCACUCUUUGUGAACGUCAGUAUUACAGAGCUCACAUGAAAACAAAAACAAAAGAAAAUGUAAUAUCUGAAGCCAGAGAAGGUUGAGUCAAGUGCUUCCCACGAAGCAAACAAUGAUUUGGAAAAACAUGCGUCACAGUUUGAUUUUAGGCAUGUCUGACGUCUAAGUACAGAAAACCAAAAGGUUAACGUCAGAGAGCGUAUAGCUCCAUAACAUAUGGUAGUCUGCCUCUAUGUAUUACCAUUACCAGUAUUUAUUGAAGGUCUUCAAUAUUUCUUGUCUAUGAAUGUAAAAGAUGAUGAAGGAUGGCUGCAUGUCGUACUGAAAGUGACCAAGCUUUCCAACAAAUAUGAAAUCUUUCCUCUAAGGAUGUCCCUUCAUCUGUUUUAUUUCAUGGAAGAAAGAAAGAAGGAAAUAUGACCCAAAUUAUUAUAUAUAUCUUAGAUAAGGAGAUUCUGGCUUUGCAAAACAUGCCUCAAGAAAAUUGAAUACAAUCACUUAAAUUGCCAUUUUAUCAGUGAGAGGAAGGAAAGUAUCAAAUCACUGUGUAAUUUGCAUUAAUAUUUGCACACUUAAAAGGCCUUUAUGGACAAGAUUUCUGGGCACAACAGAGGGGACAGAGUGGGUCUGAUUUCUGUUGGUGUCUGGAUUACAUGUUGGCUUUUUACAGAUGAUGAGGUCCUGUUCGGGGAUGGGACCGAACACCUCCAAAUCUAAAUCCGUUUUUCUCUGUCAGAAAGGGCGUGAAUGCCUUCUCUGGGUGGCAAGUUUUAUGCACGAGUGAAGGAAGAACAGAGAAGGAGAUUGACAUGCGGGUCGGUGCUAAUAUGUUGUGGUGAAGAGAGAGCUGAGACAAAAUGCAAGGGUCUAGUGUCACCCUCACCUCACAAACUGUGGGUAGUAAUUGGGAGAAUAAGAUUGCAGAUACAUCUGGAUGAAAUUAUUUAGUGGCUGGACUCUUCCUGAGUGUGACAAAAUCCACCAUUUGAGAGGGACUUGGAGUAGAGUUGCUUCUCCUCCACAUCUUAAGGAGCAAGUUGAAAUGGUUUGGGUAUUUGGUUAGGAUUCCUUCUAGACACCUCCCUGGGGAGAUGCUCUAGGUAUGUCCAACUGGACACAGCCCCCAGGGCAGACCCAGCACAUGCUGGAGAGACAAAAUCCCUUCCCUCGGUUGGGAACCCCUUGAUAUUCUCUCAGAAGAGCUAAAGGUGAUAGAUGUGGAGUGGGAGGGCUGGGCAUCUUUGCUUAAUCUGCUGCCAUGACGACCCGAACUCAGAUAAGUGAACAUGGAUGGUUAGAUGGAUGGAUGAAAAUGUCAAAACCUAAAAAAAAAAAACUGCUGCACAUGGCUGAGUGAUUUAAACAUGGCUCCAAUGAGAAACAGUUGAGAGGAUUUUGUAAAACUCUUUCAACAGAAGGUUUUAUAUGAGAAACCUUUAGGUCAACCAAGGAAAAUGGCCAAGUAAUAUGCUUUUAAAAGAAAAAAAAAAGGUAAAUUAAAAACAAAAGGGCAGAAUUGGGAAGUCAAGUUUGUGAUUGAAGAGUAAAAUGUUUGGCUGAAGGAAACUGGACUUGCAUACUGCAUGCUUAUUGCAUACAUAUGCUAGUCAAGCGUAGGAGCAUCAUUAGCGCUUAAAUAGAAUAAAACAAGAUGUCAGCAGGUUUAAUAGAACCCGACAUGGACUGCGGAUGAUAACUUGAUAGUUAUAUUCAGUGAUGAACUACAAAUCUGCAAUGGACAAGGAGAUGCAGGAAGUUUUAUCUGGUGCAGAACCAAUAAAACGUAUAAAGAUGUCUACCUGAGGACAAAACGCUUAUGUCCACAGUCACUGAUGACACAGCAGGGGAAGACCACAAAAGAUGUCAAUCAUCAAGCGUCGGUGUAUACUGAUGUUUUGUACACUUUUCUCAUUCCAUCAAUGGAAAGUACGUUUGUUGAUGACAUUAUUUCACCAGUUAUAUUUAAUUACUGCCACAUGUUUUACAAAGCCUGAAUGUUUGUCUCAUGCAUAAAACAGUUUUGUGAUUUCUUUUCCGCAAGAUAAAACAGCUGAAUGAACAUCCUCUAAGAGUGUUGAUGCAAUAUCUUUCAACAGGGUUGAUAGUUUAAAAAAUAUAUUGUUAAAAGAUGGCCAAAUGCCAGUAUUAUGAAUCAAUAAUUACUCAAAACUUUGCAUCAAGUUGGUUAAUCUGCAGCAAAUUUUUAAGAUAAGACAUUUCUGUUAGGCUAAUGUUAAAAUUGUCCAAUUGUCGUGUAUUGUAUAAUGUGUGAGUGUACGCAAGCAUUUUCACAUUUUCUGAAUGGUGCAAUAUCAAUGAGUAAAAAUCAAUAUUCAACAA